AUGGCGGUCCGAGCCACCGUCUCGCGGUUCCCUAUCGACGCCGGCGCGCACGAGAAUUCCGGCAUACCAUGGGGCCUGACGGUGACGCCGUUCGCCACCAAAGACGAGAACGGCCAAGCUCCGGCGUACGGAUCCGGCGGUCAAUUGUUGCCGCGGUGCGAGAAUUGCUGGGCCUACUUCAACACUUACUGCGAGCUUGACCAGUGGUCAUGGAACUGUGCUCUCUGCGGCAACCCCCAGGGGCUCUCCUCCGAGGCCAUUGCUCGAUACUCUCAGCCUCAGUCUUGCCCCGAGAUGAUGUCAUCCUUCGUAGAUCUAGAGCUUCCUGUGGAGGAGUCGGAUGAAGCAAUGCAACCUCGACCGGUCUAUGUUGCGGCGAUUGAUUUGUCCUCUUCUGACGAAUUUUUGGAACUUACUAAAAGCGCAUUGCUGGCAGCUUUGGAAGCUCUUGGGCCUGGUUCACUGUUUGGUCUUGCUACCUUUAGCCACAAAUUAGGAUUAUAUGAUGUUCAAGGCCCUAUACCAGUUGUCAAAAAUGUUUUCAUUCCCCCGGAAACAGAGGGAAGCCUACCAAUAGAGCUUGAAGAUGUCAUGCCCCUGUUACAGUUCUUGGCUCCAGUGGAAACUUGUAAGGAUCGUAUUGCAUCAGCACUUGAAACACUUAGACCAACAACUUCAUGGGAGAGAACAACAGCAGCAGGGCAAGGAGUAGAUGGUGUUUUGAUGGGUGGGCGAGGUUUUGGGGUGGCAAUUGAAGCUCUUUUGAACUACCUUGGAUCUGAAUAUGGAAGCACAUUUGCACUAGGUAGAGUCUUUGCCUUUUUGUCUGGUCCUCCUGAUUAUGGAGCUGGCCAACUAGAUACAAGAAGGUAUGGUGAACAAUAUGCUAGUAGAGGAGAGGAUGCGGACCGUGCAUUGCUUCCUGAGCAGACACCUUUCUAUAAAGAUUUGGCUGCUAUUGCUGUUCAAGCAGGUGUUUGCGUAGACAUCUUUGCUGUUACAAAUGAGUAUACAGAUUUGGCGUCUCUGAAGUUUCUUAGCGUAGAAAGUGGAGGCUCGUUGUAUUUGUACUCAAAUACUGACGAUUCAACACUUCCACAGGACAUGUACCGAAUGCUAAGUCGUCCAUAUGCUUUUGGCUGUGUACUGCGAUUGAGGACAUCAUCUGAAUUCAAAACUGGUCAUUCUUAUGGUCACUUCUUUCCAGAUCCACAGUAUGAGAAUGUUCAACACAUUAUUUGUUGUGAUUCUUACGCCACAUAUGCUUAUGACUUCGAGUUUGAAGCUACCAAGGAAUUCGCAAAACAUGGAUCAGAGCCUCCUAUUAUACAGAUUGCAUUUCAAUACACAGUUGUUUUGCCUCCUGAGGAGCUCACGGAAUCGGGAUCGGGGUCCUCCUCAGUUAGAGGCAAGUAUUCUCUUAGACGACGAUUAAGGAUUCGGACUGUGCAAUGUGGAGUCGCCCAAAAUAUGAAUGAACUCUAUGACAGUGUUGAUCCUGAAGUGGUUCUCUCAUUACUUGUUCACAAGGUUAUAUUAGCCUCUUUGGAGCAAGGGGUUCGGGAAGGCAGACUGUUAUUGCACGAUUGGCUUGUGAUUCUUACAGCUCAAUACAAUGAAGCUUAUAAACUUGUUCACUACAAGAAUGGAAGUUCAGUGACUACUCAAAUUGAUGUUGCAUUCUCACAAUGCCCUGAACUGCAGCCUUUACCUCGCUUGGUUUUUGCAUUGCUUCGAAAUCCUUUGCUCCUUUUUCAUGAAGAAGGUGUUCACCCUGAUUACCGAAUCUACCUACAGUGUCUUUUCAGUGCACUUGAACCAAGUUCACUCCAUCGUGCCGUGUAUCCAGUCCUUACCUCCUACUCUACUCCAGAUAAAUUAGCAUACCCACGCCAUUCAUUGAGUCGUGCUGCACUGAUUACCAGUGGGAGUCCUAUAUUUUUCCUUGAUGCAUUCACAGCUCUUAUAGUGUUCUAUUCUUCAACAGCAGACCCUACACUACCUUUUCCUCCACCCCAUGAUUGUUUGCUGCGGACUGUGAUCAAUAAAUUAAAGCAAGAAAGAUGUAUUACCCCCAAACUCAUAUUUAUCAGAGGAGGACAGGACGAUGCCACAGCUUUUGAAAACUAUCUCAUUGAGGAACAGGAUGUUGACGGAAGUGGUAUUACAAGCGUCAUGGGUUUUGUUUCCUUUCUUGAAGAUAUUACGCAGAGUGUGUUAGAAUACAUCAAGUAAGACUGGUAUCAGAAUUCUGUAGAAUUCAAUCACAAAGUACAGGAAACAAGGUGUAACUUGCACAUUUUUAAAAAUUUUUUUUUUUUAUUAAUAACUCACACACCCUACAUAUGUCGUGAGGUUUGAACCCAUGACCUUAAAGUUGUCAGUUAAACACUUUAACCAACCAAGCCAAAGUUGUCAGUUGUCAGUCAAAGGUGUAACUUGCACAUUUAAGAGAUGCUUAUAUCAC